UUCAUAUGUCAGUCAAAAUCAUAUUUCCCUAUCUUCUUUUUUUCUUUUCUUCUAAAUUUCAUCUCAAAUCAAACAAUGGCUAACUAUAGAAUGGAUUCAGAAGAGGAAGCUUUGUUUCGAAAUUCUCCCUAUCCACUUUACUUUGUCCAAAGUCCAUCCACUAUCUCCCAUGCAAAUAGUGGAGAUUUGUCUCGUCGCAAUAAUAACAACAGCAACAACAAUAAUAAUAAUAACGGUAACGAAUUUUCAUCCAUAUGUCAUUCCCCAAUGCCUAGACCGGAAACCGGUCCAUUGGCACUCUCUCGAUACUCCUCGUCCCGUGGAUCUAACCACUCCUUCUCGCAUCACGAGAAGAAGAUCUCGUGUGACUCUCUUCAGAGCCAUGGGACGGGGAUCGAUGAGAACAUCGAGAUUGAUCAAGAGAAAUGCGGCGGAGCAAUGUUAUUGGUUCAUCAUGGGAAAAAUGGUAGUAGUGUUCGUGAAAACGAGGACGAGGAUGAGGACGAAGACGAAGAGGAUUAUUAUUAUGGGAAAGGAAGUUGGAUGAGGUUUUUUUCAUUGGGAUAUUCCGAUUCGACACCGUGGAUCGUUGUGCAAGUAACAUGGAGGCUUAUUGUGAGUAUGAUAGUAGCUUUGGUUGUUUUCUACAUUGCCACAAAGCCCCCUGCUCCUAAGGUUUCUCUUGAGAUUGCAGGUGUUCGUGAAUUUGGACUAAGAGAGGGAGUGGAUGGAACUGGUGUAAACACAAAAUUGCUAACAUGCAAUAGUUCAAUGAUCUUACAAAUAGAUAACAAGUCUAAGCUCUUUGGGCUUUACAUUCACCCUCCUACCCUGCAAAUGUAUUUUGGAAGGGUCCCUUUCAUAUUUACCCAAGGAAAAGAGCUUUAUGCAGGGAGCUAUGGGCCAACAUACUUCAAGCUAAGUGUAGGGACAAGGGACAAGGCAUUGUAUGGGGCAGGAAGAGUUAUGCAAGAUCUGCUCCAAUCAAGCAAAGGAUUGCCUUUGCUAAUACGCGUGCAUCUCUCUUCAACUUUCCAUGUUGUUUGGGGUCUCAUCAAACCCAAAUUUCAUCACCAAAUCGAGUGCCUUGUUCUUCUUCACAAUUCAUACAAUAAAAGACAUAAGACUCAAGCUUAUAAUAGCACUUGUUUGUUGAUCCCUUCUUAAAACCAUGAUCAUUUUUUUAAUUGCAAAAAAUGUUGAUGAAAAAAAAAACAAGAAGAAAUGAUAUUGUCACUUGAUUGUUAUCGCAGUAAAAGAUUAUAUUAAUGUUCAACCUUUUAAUUUUCUCAACCGUAAGUUUUGUAAAGGAUAAGGAAGGAUCCAUUAGUAUAUAAAAUUAAUGAUGUGUGCUUCGAUCUAGC